AUUGAUAGAAUAUCAGCUUUCAAAUUUUAAUUUAUUAUUUACUCAACUUAGACCUUUCACUUUUAUCUAACUAUUCAUUAUUCCAUAUGAAUUAUUACGUAAGGUGUCCUUACUUUGUGGCAGCUAGUAAACCUAUGCCCAACCUAUAUCAAAAUUCAGUAGUCCUCAUUUAACAGUGAAAACCAAGUCCAAGGAUAUAUGCGUUUUUAGUGCUAUACUAUGGUUUAACUUAUUUCCUUCAAUAUAUUUUUUUAAAUAGAGUGAUAAAUCUAUUGCAGUGACAAUAAUUUAUCAAUAAUAAUUUAAGUUUAUCAAGUUUGAUUUUAUCUAAAGUUUUAUAAUGAGUGAAGAAAAGAAAAGAAUUCGAGUCGGUUCUCGCAAAAGUGAACUUGCUCUAAUUCAAACAAACUUUGUGAUUGACCAGUUAAAAAAAUUUAAUUCUGAUAUUGAAUUUGAAAUUGUUUCAAUGACAACAAUGGGUGAUAGAGUUUUGGACAAACCUUUGCCAAAAAUUGGUGAAAAAAGUUUAUUUACUAAGGAUCUUGAAGUUGCAUUAUUAAGUGGAAAUGUUGAUUUCAUUGUUCAUUCUUUAAAAGAUUUACCAACAGUUAUGGAAAUUGGUACUACUAUAGGAGCUGUAUUAAAAAGAGAUGACCCAAGAGAUGCUCUAAUAUUACGGAAUGAUUACAAGCAAUUCAAGCUGGAUUCUUUACCUGACCAAAGUUUAAUAGGUACCAGUUCUUUACGCCGCACAGCUCAGUUAAAAAGAAAAUUUCCCAAUUUAAAAAUUUCUGAUGUACGAGGAAAUUUAAACACUAGAUUAAAAAAAUUGGAUAAUAAAGUUGGUGAAGGCACAACUACAAAUUAUGCAGGUAUUAUUUUGGCCUUAGCUGGUAUCCAAAGAAUGGGUUGGAAUAAUCGGGUAUCCCAAAUAAUUGAAUCUGAUGUAAUGUUGUAUGCAAUUGGGCAAGGUGCUUUAGCUGUGGAAUGUAGAAUAGGAGAUGAUAAUAUUCUAAAAUUGUUAGAACCUUUACACGAUUAUGAUACCGUAUUACAGGUUGUUGCUGAAAGGGCUUUUCUGACUCGACUUGGUGGAGGAUGUAGUGCCCCUGUUGGUGCAAGAUCAUUUGUAUGUUUGGAAAAAAGAGAAAUAUCACUAGAUGGUGCGGUAUGGAGUCUGGAUGGUUCUGAAAUAUUACAAGAUUCAAAAUCUGGAUUAUUAGCAGAUAAGAAACUCAUUCAAAAUCAUAUUGAUCAAUACCGAAAUAAAGAUGGUGAACCACCUAAAAAAUGUCCUUAUAAGCAACCUCGACAAUUUGUAGGAAUUUCUCCUGGAAAGAUAAGUUAUUUAGAUUUGGACACAGCUUUAAAAUUAGGUACAGAAUUGGCAGAAGAAUUAAUAAAAAAGGGUGCCUUAGAAAUUAUGAAUACAGCUAAAAAUACUAUUCAUUCUACCAUUCAAACAUAGUAAUAAUUCUUUAUCAAUAUUUUUAUAUGUAUUUUUUUGGUUAUGGUAAAACUGGUAAUCUUAUAAUGUAUUGUUUUCUUUUUUCUUUAUAUGUUAAAGUAUAUAUUUGUUAUACUGUU